CCGUCGCCGGCGUCGCCGCCGCCGCGGGGUCACGUGACGCCGCCGCCGCCGCGUCUACGGGGCGGGUAGGUGACCCGGAUGUCUGCGGGGGACCCGGAUGCAGCCGCCGGGAGCGUCGGACUCGGACCCGGAGCCGCCGCCGCCGCCGCGGCCGCAGUGUCCCCGGCCCAAGGCCCGUCCCUUAAAGGCGCAGGGCGCGCGUGAUGGACAGGUGGUGCAGUGAUUGACAGGCCGGGGCCUGCAGCAGGUCGCCUGGCGAGCGCGUGACGUGGCGAGCGACCCGGACGUGACCCCGAGGCCCCCGCGGCGGCCGACGUCGUCGUCGGCGUGACGGGCGUCACGCGUGUGGAUUCCGUGACAGGCCCCGACCCCGGACGUGGGGGACGCCGCCGAGUCGUUCCCAGCGGAACACGCGUGACACGUGUUCCUAGCUGACACGGCCCCGAGGACCCGUGUUCCCCGCCGCGCACCACGCGGGACGCCGCCCCGCGAGGACGCCAUGAUGACUCCCGCCCGCGACCCUCCGCGGGACCCCCGCCCGCCCCGCCCCGCGCGACCCUGACCCGGCCCCCGCCACGGCGACGCUCGGACCCGCGCACGUGCGCACACGCGUGUCUUCACGCCGACGUCUUGUGACUGUUGACCGACCGCGGCGGCGGCCAUGUUCCCGUCGACCUCGGCGUGACCCCCCGCGCCCCCCUCCCACGCCCCCACCCGCGUCCCACCCCGCCCGUCCCGGCCGCGGCCUCGGCGGCGGCGACACGCGUGUAGCAUGUCGCCGCGCCCGUCGCCCCCCCGCGUGCUGCUGUGGGUCGUCGCGGCGGCCGUGUCGGCGUCGUCGUCAGCGUCGGCGUCGGCGUCGGCCUCGGCGUCCCCGGCGCACCCCGUGGUGAGCACGCACUACGGGCGCCUGCGCGGCACACGCGUGUCGCUGCCGGGCGAGCUGCUGGGCCCCGUGGAGCAGUUCCUGGGCGUGCCGUACGCGGCGCCGCCCACGGGCGAGCGGCGGUUCCAGGCGCCCGAGCCGCCCUCGUCCUGGCCCGGCGUGCGCAACGCCACGGGGUUCGCGCCCGUGUGCCCGCAGCCGCUGGACGAGCGCGCGCUGCCCCGCGACAUGCUGCCCGUGUGGUUCUCGGCCGCCGGCCCCGACGCGCUGGGCGCCUACCUGCAGGAGCAGAGCGAGGACUGCCUCUUCCUCAACCUCUACGUGCCCGCCGCCCCCGACGGAGCCAACACUAAGAAAAUCGCAGACGGUAUCGCGAGUAAUGACCGUGGGGACGACGAAGACGUGCACGACCCCGGCGGGCGGAAGCCCGUGAUGGUGUACAUCCACGGCGGCUCCUACAUGGAGGGCACCGGGAACAUGAUCGACGGCAGCGUGCUGGCGAGCUACGGCAACGUCAUCGUCGUCACCGUCAACUACCGCCUGGGCGUGCUGGGCUUCCUGAGCACGGGCGACCAGGCCGCCAAGGGCAACUACGGGCUCCUGGACCAGAUCCAGGCGCUGCGCUGGGUGGAGGAGAACGUCGGCGCCUUCGGCGGCGACCCCAAGCGUGUCACCAUCUUCGGCUCCGGCGCCGGCGCCUCCUGCGUCAGCCUGCUCACGCUCUCCCACUACUCGGAAGGCCUGUUCCAGAAGGCGAUCAUCCAGAGCGGCACGGCCCUGUCCAGCUGGGCCGUCAACUACCAGCCGGCCAAGUACGCGCGGGCGCUGGCGGAGCAGGUCGGCUGCGGCGGCGGCGGCGGCGGUGGCGUGUCGUCGUCCGUGUCCGUGUCCUCGGCGUCCUCGGGGUCCCCGGACCCGGCGGACACGGGCGAGCUGGUGUCCUGCCUGCGGCGGGCGGGCUGGCGGGAGCUGUCGCGGCCCCGGGUGGCGCCCGCCGCCUACCACGUGGCCUUCGGGCCCGUGAUCGACGGCGACGUGAUCCCCGACGACCCGCAGAUCCUCAUGGAGCAGGGCGAGUUCCUCAACUACGACAUCAUGCUGGGCGUCAACCAGGGCGAGGGGCUGCGCUUCGUGGACGGCGUGGUCGACGCCGGCGCGGACGCCGACGCCGACGACACGGAUAACCCGGAUAACACGGAUAACCCGGACGAUAACCCGGACGAUCGCACGGAUAACCGGGAUAACCCGGAUCGCCCGGAUCGCAGCUUCUUCGGUCGCGAGGGUUCGCCCGGCGUUGCGGCGGCGGGUUCGGCGUCGGCUUCGGCGGGGGGCGGCGGCGGCGUCUCGCCGGGCGCCUUCGACGCGGCGGUGUCGGCCUUCGUGGACCGCCUCUACGGCUACCCCGAGGGCAAGGACGCGCUGCGGGAGACGAUCAAGUUCAUGUACACGGACUGGGCGGACCGGGAGAACGCGGAGGCGCGCCGCAAGACGCUGGUGGCGCUCUUCACCGACCACCAGUGGGUGGCGCCCGCCGUGGCCACCGCCGACCUCCACGCCCAGUACGGCUCGCCCACCUACUUCUACGCCUUCUACCACCACUGCCAGAGCGACGCCAAGCCCGCCUGGGCCGACGCCGCCCACGGCGACGAGCUGCCCUACGUCUUCGGCGUGCCGCUGCUCGGCCCCACCGACCUCUUCGCCUGCAACUUCUCCCGCAACGACGUCAUGCUCAGCGCCGUCGUCAUGACCUACUGGACCAACUUCGCCAAGACCGGGGACCCGAACCAGCCGGUGCCGCAGGACACCAAGUUCAUCCACACGAAGCCGAACCGGUUCGAGGAGGUGGCGUGGACCAAGUACAACCCCAAGGACCAGCUCUACCUGCACAUCGGGCUGAAGCCGCGCGUCCGCGACCACUACCGCGCCACCAAGGUGGCCUUCUGGCUCGAGCUGGUGCCGCACCUGCACAGCCUGCACGACAUCUUCCAGUACGUCUCCACCACCACCCGGGCCCCGCCCCCGCCCGACGGGACCGCCUACCCCGGCACGCGCCGCGCCCCCGCCAAGCUCUGGCCCGCCACCAAGCGCCCGUCCGUCACCGCGGCCAACGCCGGCAACGCCAACGCCGGAAACAGCGGCCGCGGCGGCGGCGGCGCCGGCAGCGGACUCCGCGGCCUCGGCGUCGGCGUCGUCGGAGGCGGCCACGCGCGGGACGGCGGCCGGGCCGAGGACGCCACGGUGCUGAUCGAGACCAAGCGCGACUACUCGACGGAGCUGAGCGUGACCAUCGCGGUGGGCGCCUCGCUGCUCUUCCUCAACAUCCUGGCCUUCGCCGCGCUCUACUACAAGAAGGACAAGCGGCGCCACGAGACGCACCGGCGGCACCACCACCAGCACCACCACCAGCACCACCACGCCGCCGCCGCCGCCGGCACGCUCCCCCGGGGCCACGUGGGCGGCCACGUGGGCCACGGGACCGGAAGCGACGGCCUCGGGCUGGGCCACGGCGGCGACGACGACCUCCUCUCCUCGGCGAAGCCGCCGGCCGCUGCCGCCGCCGCCGCCAUGGGGAUGCCGGGGCGCCACGACGGCCUCGUCGAGGACAUGGCGGCGGGCCUGCGCGUCACGUGCCCGCCCGACUACGCGCUGACGCUGCGGCGCUCGCCCGACGACCUCCCGCUGAUGACGCCCAGCACCAUCACCAUGAUCCCCAACAGUCUGGCGGGGCCGGGGGCGGGGCCUGGCGCCGGGGGCGUGGUCUCCGGGGGCUCCGGCGUGGGCGGAGGCAUGGCGGGGGCGGGACUUCCGCCGCCGCCGCUGCACACGUUCAACACGUUCGCCGCCGCCGCGGGUGCCGUCGUCGCCGGGGUGGGCGGCGGGCAGAACGGAUCGAACCUGCCCCACGGGCACUCCACCACCCGCGUAUAGGAUUGCCGGGGCGUGGGGGGCGCGGGGACGCGGGCGCUUCCGGUUUCCGCCGUUGCCCACACCGAGAACGGGCAAGAUGGCCGCCGCGGGCGCUUCCGGUGCAAAAUGGCCGCC